UAUAUAGGAUUGAGUAAUUUGACAAACUUGAAGUACUUGGAUUUAAGUGGGAAUCAAAUAGAAAGCCUUCAAUCCUUCAAUGAUGCUGGUACAAAACUGAAGCAGUUUGCCCAUUUAGAAGAGCUUCGUUUAAAUGGGAAUCUCUUCAACAACAGUGCAUUUUCAUCCCUAAAAGUGUUUUCAAAUCUGAAGAAUUUGAGCAUAAGCCACAAUCUGUUAAAAGGAUCAUUAGAUAUGAAAGAUUUGGAUAUAUUUACCAACUUAAGGGAACUAGAUAUGAGCGCUAAUCAAUUUAAAGACAUUGUGAUCCACAAAGAAAUUAAGGGAUUGAAAAAGUUAAAAGUUGUUUAUCUCGAUGAUGCUUUCACCGAUGGAAGUAUUUCGCUGCUGAACUUGGUCGAGGCUUUUUCAACAGUUAAGACCUUGUCUCUAGUUGGCAAUCAUCUGAACAAGUCUAUGAGUACUCAAGGAUUAAAUCUGUCGACGAACGUGGAGGAAAUACAUCUCGAUGGGUCUACUCUCAACACUAAUAUUUCACAGAGCAUUGAAGUAAUCACUUCUCUUAAAACUGUCUUUAUCUGAUUGUGGACUUAUUGGUUCCUUACCUAAUCAAGGAUGGUGUGAUCUAAAAAAGCUUGAAAUAUUGGAUGCAAGUUGGAAUACACUUGAAGGGAUGCUUCCUCGUUGUUUGAGUAACUUGACUUCUCUUCGUGAGUUAGAUUUGUCUAACAAUCGACUCAAUGGAAAUCUAGUUCCUU